GGCCGAGCCGAGCCGAACCGAGCCGCGCUGCCGAGGGCCGCCGAGCCCGCAGCCGCCCCCGGCCGAACCGGGCGGCCCCGCCGGCACCGGGCCCCGGAGCUCUCCGCGGUGCUGAACGGCGCCGCCGCGCCCGCGGGACGCCGGCCCGGAGCGGCUCGGCCCGGCGCGGCGCGGCGGCCGCGGGGGAUGGAGCCCUUCCUGGGCUGCACCGGCGCCGCGCUCCUGCUCUGCUUCAGCUACGCCGGUCUGCGGCCGGUGGAGGCAGACAGCCCUUCGGCUCCGGUCAAUGUCACAGUCAAACACCUGAAGGCCAACUCAGCUGUAGUGACUUGGGACGUUCUGGAGGAUGAAGUUGUCAUUGGAUUUGCCAUUUCCCAGCAGAAGAAGGACGUGCGGAUGCUGCGCUUCAUCCAGGAGGUGAACACCACCACCCGCUCCUGUGCCCUCUGGGACCUAGAGGAGGACACUGAGUACAUUGUGCAUGUCCAGGCCAUCAGCAUCCAAGGCCAGAGCCCUGCCAGUGAGCCAGUCCUCUUCAAGACCCCCAGGGAAGCUGAGAAACUGGCUUCUAAAAAUAAAGAUGAGGUGACAAUGAAGGAGAUGGCGAAGAAAAACCAACAGCUGCGCGCAGGGGAAAUACUCAUCAUUGUGGUGGUGUUGUUUAUGUGGGCAGGGGUGAUCGCCCUGUUCUGCAGGCAGUACGACAUCAUCAAAGACAACGAGCCGAACAACAGCAAGGAGAAAGCCAAGAGCGCCUCAGAGAACAGCACCCCCGAGCACCAGGGUGGGGGGCUGCUCCGCAGCAAGUUCCCAAAAAACAAACCCUCAGUGAACAUCAUUGAGGCAUAACAGCUGCUGCUGCUGGACUCCACUCCUCACGCUGAGCCUCAACGACCGGGGAGGUGAAAUAGCAUCAGAGCGAUUGGGAAGGAGAGCCAGCAACUGUCACUGGAUGGCACACAGCUCCUUCCUCAUCUGUGCUCUGCAAAUAUCUGAGCAGAAGGAAAAGCCCUGCAAAAACAGAACUACCCAAACCCAACCAAGAUGGAAAAGCACCAUUGAGAGCUGCUGCCUGUGGUCCUGCGUGGGACUCAUGGGUCACUGCAUGGGAGCGGUCUCUCUCGCUCCUCUCCACCCUCACACUCCAUCUCCUGGAACAAUUUCCUCUCUUUGGAAACGUACAAUGUUUUGUUGUAGCGCUGUCUCACUGUCACCCCAUCUGACAGCAUUGCUGUGAGCUCCAGCAUCACCCACCAGCACUGCCCCUGAGCCAGAAGGAAGGAAGGAAGGAAGGUCAGCAGCUCACUGCGCUGCUGUGUGCUCUCAGCUUGCCUUGUUCCAUUGGCACGCGUUGUGUAAUGUCUCACAGGUGGGUCUGCAAGAAACAGAGGAAAGAGAUGCACCCCAGGCUGCAGUCCCACUGCGGGAGCUGCCUUGGCUGCUUCCCAGCCACGUUCCAGCACCGCUGCCUCCCAUCACACAGUGCUGUUCUUCAUCUCAGACAUUUGGGGCACAGAUCGAGACGAGGGGGCACCAGAAGGCCCUGUUCAGCUUCCAGGGUAAAUCCAACCAUCUUCUUCGUGGUAUUUUCAGCAGCUGCAGUGUGAGAACACUCCAUAACAUGUAGCCAGUCAGCAAAAAAAGAAAAAAAAAAAAGAAAAAAAAAGAAAAAAAGAAAAACUGAUGAUACCCGUCGCUAUGCAAGGUCCCGGAGGCAAUGGCCAUUUGUUGCAGAAGGCUUUUGCCUAAGGGACCUUUUUCUGAGGGCUUCAGUUCUUAAUGGCUUCUCCCCGCGGGGUGCGGUGGGACGGCCCGGCUCUGCUCCGCGAUGCCGGGGCUGUGCCGGGCAGCCCUCCGUGCGCACGGGGUCGCGGAAGGGGCCGGGUCUCCUCCCUGCUGGGACGCCCGGGAGCGCAUCGCAUGGAACAGAUUAACUCUCGUCGUGUGCCAUGGGGUAUCUGUAUUUACCUACUCCACAAAACCACACCACAUGCACAGGGGGAUGAGGCAAGAUCCUAUUUGCUCCAUCAGACAGGUUGGCCUGAGGAGGGCUUUAAUCUCUUUACACCACACCUGAGUUAAAGCCCCCGCACGGAACCGGGCCGGCAGCUGCCAGAGCCGCUCCGCCUCCGCAGCGCCGACGGCUCCGACACAGCGCAGGGGGGGCGGCACCGGGAUUCUGCCCCGGCUUUGUGGACAAGGAGGGCUUCCCCUGCGCCAGCUCCAGGCCGACCACUGCGGUCUCUUCCACGGAUCCUUUGCCAGAACGUAGUCCUCCAUCACCGAGAGGGAGAGGUCAACACCUCUGAUACAGACAGAGCAAUAAACAUUUUAUAAUGUACAAUAAAA